AUGGGUGGAGGCCUAGGGCGACAGGAUGGCUCUCAAACUUAUGGCGAGGGGUCUUGCGCGUUCUACGUUACAUUCCCGAGGGUACUCUAUGGAAUGUCAAAAAUGGCACGUAAACCUUGUUCUGGGUAUAUAGGUGGCUUCAGGACGGGCCGCCACUUGCUGAGUUUGCUGUCAAUCUCCCGGAGAAGCACGUGGGCUAACAGUGGCAGAGAUGGUUCUAAAUGGGGAGUGGAACCUCGCCUACAUCAGACUCUUCCUUCCCGAAGUGGUGCUCUUGUAGCUUCAACUCCACCCGCCGCCGCAAGAGGAGGGACCGGACGUCCCAACCUGGCGUCUAUCCCUGUCAGGAUUGUUCACGAUAAAGACAACAUACUAGCUUACACGGGAUGUGGAUGA